CUUGUCAAAGAAAGAUGCCUUCCCACUUCGAAUAUCCAUCCGCCCGCCGCUCCGACCACCAAGACGUGCUCCACGGCAACGUCGUCGCCGACCCGUACCGCUGGUUGGAAGACCCCGACAGCCCCGAGACUGAAGCGUUCGUGGCUUCGCAGAACGAGUUGACGCAAAAGGUGUUCCAAGACGUCCCUUUCCGCCAAGAAUUCCUCGCGCGCAACACCGAAAUGUUCAACUAUGAAAAGUACUCAUCGCCGUUUCAACGCGGCAACCGAUACUUCUUUUUCAAGAACGACGGGCUCCAAAAUCAAAGCGUGUUGUACGUGCAAGACAGUCUCACGAGUGAACCCAAGGUGUUGCUCGAUCCCAACACUUUGGCAGAAGACGGUACGGCUGCAUUGGGUACAUUCAGCUUCUCGGAAGGAAAGGCGGACUCGGGCAUUUUGUACCUCUCGUAUGGUGUGUCCAAGGGGGGCUCCGAUUGGGAAACUGUUAAGGUCCUUGCGCUGACUGCCGACGGUACCAUCGAGCACUUGGAGGACAAAUUGGAAUGGGUCAAAGUGAGCAAUCUCUCCUGGACCCACGACGACAAGGGCUUUUUCUACGGACGGUACCCCGCCCCCAAGACCUUCGCCACCGCGGCCGAGCAAAAGUCGGCGGGCACGGAAACCGACUUGAACACCAACCAUCAGAUCUGGUACCACAAGAUUGGCACGCCCCAAGCUGACGACAAGUUUGUGUUUUCGUUCCCGGAAGCCCCAAAGUACUACGUGUACGCAAAAGUGUCUGACGACGGCAAGUACUUGCUGUUGCGAGUGAAAGACGGGUGUAUCGUGGCCAACAUGGUCUUUGUCGCUGAAAUCAGCGCCGUGCUAGCGUUCCUGGCAACCACCGACAACCAAUCCAGUGUGCGCGUGCACCGUGUGGUGAACAACAUGGACUUUCAGUACUUGUACCUCAUCAACAACGGCCCCGAGUUUUACUUCGUGACCAACUUGGACGCGCCUCGCAAGCGCAUUGUCAAGGUCGACAACAUCUUGAGCGACACGAUCGUCUGGACCGAAGUCAUCCCCGAAGGCUCCGACGUGCUGUCCUCUGCGCAUGCCGUCCGCAACGACUUGCUCGUGGUGGAGUACUUGAAGGACGCGAGCGACACCAUCCGUCUGUACACCCAGUCGGGCGAGUUCAUCCGCAACAUUGCCCUGCCCAGCAUUGGCACUGUGGGCGUGUCCUGCAAGCGGGACUCGCCAGAGCUGUUUUUCAAGUUCAUCUCGUUCCUGUACCCUGGCACGAUCUACCGCGAAGACCUGACGGAUCCGUCGACGAGCAGCCCCGCGGUGUUCCGGGAAGCGACGGUGCCCGGCUUCUCCCCCGAGGACUUUGAGGCCAAGCAAGUGUGGUACCCGUCCAAGGAUGGCACCCAAAUCCCCAUGUUUCUCGUGUCCAAGAAGAACCUGGCUCGCAACGGCGACACCCCCACGUACUUGUAUGGGUACGGCGGGUUCAACAUUUCGCUGACGCCUUCGUUCUCGGCCAGCCGCAUCAUUUUCGUGCAGCAUUUCAACGGUCUGUUGGCGCUGCCGUCGCUUCGAGGCGGGGGCGAGUACGGCAAGGCGUGGCAUCAAGCCGGCACGUUUGGCAACAAGCAGAACGUGUUCGAUGAUUUCCAAGGCGCAGCCGAGUACCUGAUCAAGGAAGGGUACACGAACUCGUCCAAGAUUGCGAUCCAUGGUGGGUCCAACGGCGGCUUGCUGGUGGCUGCGUGCGCGAACCAACGCCCCGACUUGUUCCGUUGCGCGGUGGGGGCUGUGGGGGUCAUGGACAUGCUUCGUUUCCACAAGUUCACCGUUGGCCAUGGGUGGACCACCGACUACGGCAAUCCUGACAAGGCGGAGGAUUUCGAGUUCAUUUCCAAGUACUCUCCGUUGCACAACGUGCCGUCGUUCGAGGCGAAGAGCACUGGCUUGGCCAACGACCACGGCGGGUUCCCUGCGUACUUGUUGACGACUGGCGACCACGACGACCGCGUGGUGCCCCUGCACUCGCUAAAGUUGAUUGCGGAAGUGCAGCAUAAGCUGGGCCAUCACUCGAGCCAGACGAACCCCCUGCUCAUUCGCGUUGAAACCAAUGCGGGACACGGAGCUGGGAAACCCACGAGCAAGGUGUUGCAAGAGGCGGCUGAUGUGUACACGUACAUUGGCUGGGCGCUGGGUGCCACCUUUGUGUAAUAAAGUCUGGUUGGAUGUUUGA